ACAGCUGUCUCCCACUUCCACUCCCCAUCUCAUGCUUCUCUGCUUCAGACCACCAAACCCUACCAGCUCGCUCCCAUUCCCGCCGCCAUGGCGCGCCCUAGCCACGAAUUCGCCUACGCUGAUGGGACGCCGGAGAUGCAGCUCCUCGGCGCGGCGACCACGGGCGACCUCGCCCUCCUCGAGCGGAUGGCGAUUAAGCUCGAUGGUGGUCGCGGCCGCCUUGCGGAGGCGGUGGAAGCCGUCAAAGAUAACGGCGUUGGGGCGCUGCACCUCGCCGCCGGGGGCAAGAAAGCCGAAGUCUGCGAGUUCCUUGUCGAGGAUAUCCGGGUGGAUGUGGAUGCACUUGACAUGUGUGGUAGAACACCUCUCGUUUGGGCAAUUAGUUGUAAAAAAGGGAAGAUGGAUAUUGUCAGGUAUCUUCUUGAUCAUGGUGCCAAUCCAAAUCAUGUCGACAAAACAGGGUGUACUCCUCUCCAUGAGGCCACCAAAAUAGGGCACUGUGAAGUAGUAGAACUCUUGCUCUCUAGAGGCGCUUAUGUUGAUACAUUUUCUACUGAUCAUGGAACACCGUUGCAUGUUGCUGCUAAGCAUAAGCAGGACAGCGUCAUGAAGAUUUUGCUAGAUCACCAUGCAGAUUGCAACAAGAUUCUCGGCAGUUUCUGCUCACCUCUCAUGCUUGCUAUCCAUAGUCGCUCAGUGAAAUGUGUGAACCUACUGCUUGAGGCUGGUGCCGAUGUGAAGGGUAUGCGUACUUCGACCCCCUUGCAAAGUGCUGCAAUGGGUGGCCUAACUGACGUCUUGAAGCCCCUGUUGGAUGCUGGUGCAGAUCCUGAUGUCCGAGAUGAACUUGGUCUCUUACCAAUACAACUCGCGGCAUACUUUGGUACACGCAAAGAUGUCGAGAUCCUGUUUGAAGUUACUUCUUCUCGUAUUCCAGCUGUACAUGAUUGGAGCGUUGAUGGAAUAAUGAGUUAUACUGCAAAAUCAGAGCCAAAGUUGGAGGAUCACCCUUUGUCUAAAAUGCCAGUAGCUAAGUUGAAAGAAGAAGGCGACAAAGCUAUGCAUAAAGAGGAUUACAAUGCUGCAUUAGAAUUCUAUACCAUGGCUAUGGUUAUUGAUCCUGACAAUGCUGAUUCAACCUUGAUGGGCAAUAGGGGUUUUUGCCGGCUUCUACUGGGCAAUGGAGAGGGUGCUUUAAAUGAUGCCCUUUUUUGCAGGACAGUACGACCUGACUGCGCAGAUUCAUGCUGGCUGCUGGGCUACUCAUAUGUGCAACUAAAGGUGUAUGAAAAGGCAUGUGAUGCAUUUCUUGAUGGUCUCAAAUUGAAGCCAGGGUUUGUUGGAAUCGAGAAGGCGUUAAGGGAAGCUCUGAGAUUAUUGAAAGAAUCUCACGCUGACAAGAAGAACGGCUCGGAAGGACAAUAUCGUGAAGCACGUUUUUUUCCUUUGAAGAGAGCAAUUUGAGACGUCUUGACUCUUUUGACAAAUUGCCUGCUGCGUGCUGAAGGUGAAGAACCUGGUGCUUGAUUGCCGGUUGGACUGUAGGUUCUUUGUGCCUGCGGCUGCAACCCUGAAAGCCUGAACAUUUUGUUGUCAUAUGCAUACUGGCUGCGUAGUGCUACAAAGUAGAAACUGCUCUUAAUAUCUAUUACCUCCGUUCUGAAAUGUAAUCCUUUUUAGAAAGCUAAAUUAGCUGUCCAAAAAGGCUUACAUCACGGUGAUGAUUUGGCUGUGUAUCGGUAGUUUUGGCGCUCUGCAUAUUUUUAUUUUCUUCCAAACAGAUGUAUGCGGGCCUUUUUUUUGGUGGGAUGAUAUGCAGUUCGUUGUCCAUCUAUUUGUUCGAA